AUGGCCUCGAUCACAGAUGAAAUUGAUCAAAUUAUAUCAGUAAAGAUACUUUCACAACAAGAUGAUCCAGAACUGUAUUCAUUAGUAAAAAACCAUUUGGUUCAUGGUCCAUGUGGAAGUCUGAAUCCUAGAUAUCCAUGCAUGAAAAAAGGCAAGUGUAGUCGUUUCUAUCCUAAAAAGUUCCAGCCGCAUACUGUUUUAGAUGCUGAUGGUUUUCCAGUCUAUCGUAGAAGAAACAACGGUAAUGCAAUUGAGAAAAAUGGUGUUAUAGUUGAUAACAAGUAUAUUGUACCUUACAAUGCAAGAUUGCUCAGAAAAUACCAAGUGCAUAUCAAUAUUGAAUGGUGUAACCAAAGCACUUCUAUCAAAUAUUUAUUUAAGUACAUCAACAAGGGAUAUGAUAGGGUGACUACUAUUUUGAUUGAUGAAGAUAACGAUCAAACUGAGAAUGGUGGCACCCAUAAUGAUGAGAUCAAAGAAUAUCUAGAUUGCAGAUACAUAUCUCCUUGUGAAUCUACUUGGAGAAUCUUUGGAUUUCCAAUACAUGGCAGAAAACCUGUUGUUGAAAGAUUACACUUCCAUCUUCCUGGCCAACAUAGUGUUCUCUAUGAGGACCAUGAUGAUAUUGAUGAUGUAUUGUCUAAGCCAUGUAUCUCUGAUUCAAAGUUUAUUUCGUGGAUGAACACCAACCAAAAUUCUGUUGAAGGGAGAAAUCUUACUUAUGCAGGAUUUGUUUCUAAGUUUGUAUACAAUCAGAAGAAAAGAUGUUGGCAGCUUAGGAAGAAAGGCUAUACCAUUGGCAGAUUACUAUGGGUUCCACCAAUUACAGGGGAAUUAUUUUAUUUGAGAAUGAUGCUUACCGUUUGUAAAAGAGCUACCUCAUUUGAGGAUUUAAGAACAGUUGAUAAUGUUCAGUAUUCUAAAUAUAAAGAAGCAUGUUUUGCUAUGGGAUUUUUACAAGAUGAUAAAGAAUUUAUUGAGGCAAUCAAAGAAGCAAAAGACUGGGGUUCAGCACAUUAUAUAAGAAAGCUAUUUGUGUUGUUACUUUUAACUGCAACAAUGAGCAAACCUAAACAAGUUUGGGACCAAACUUGGCAUUGGAUGGCUGAUGACAUUGUCUAUAAUUAUAAAAAAUCAUCAACAAGUCCAGCAUUGCAGCUUGAUGAUAGAACUCUUCAAAAUUUGGUCUUGCUUGAAAUUGAACAACUGCUGCAAGCAAAUCAAAGAUCGCUAAGAGACUAUCCUUCAAUGCCAUAUCCAGAGGAUGAGAAUUGUCCAGCUUAUCUAGACAAUAGCCUUAUAUUACUUGAACUGAACUAA